UGUUUUCCCCUUUCUUUACGCUUUCUUCUCUUAGAACCCUUUUGGGGUUUAUUGUGGUUGGGGCCCCCACGUUGUAUAUAUGUCUUCUAAGCAUUAAACUCUUUGAUUUUUCCCAACUGGGUUUGAUGUUCCUUCGUCAUUCCCUAUUGGGUUUGGGUUAAUACGCCUAAAUCCCAUUCUUUGACUUUGAAUUUCUCAACCCAUCUUUGCGUGUCUGCUUCGCCGUAUUCCUUUUGCUGAUGUAUGAAUGUUAGAAUAGCCUUCAACUCUUCUUUCUCUCUGUUUUAUUUACAAAAUUACCUGAUUUCUUCAAUUAUAUCGCUCUCCUUUUUCCUACCUCAAUACUUUCUUCGCUUACCAGACGGAUUGGAUUCUCUGAUUACUGCGUAAUUCUGGGUUUCUUUUAGCGAUUUGGGAUCGUUUUCUUAUCUGGGUCUCUCCUGCUUCCGCCAUUUUUGCAGCUUCUUCGUUGAUUUCUGGAGGUAAAGUUUUUGAUUGAUCAUGGGCAGAUAAGAGGCAGAUAAGAGUAAACGCCAUGGGUUGGCUAAGCAAAAUUUUGAAAGUUGGAUCUGGAGAUAAAAUAACUGGAAGGAAUUACCAAACCGAGCUCGAGGAGGAUCCAAAUUCUCGUCUGCCCUCGACUUCGGAGGGAUUAUGGUCCGAAAACGAGAACGAAGACAUCGAUCGUGCAAUAGCACUUUCUCUUGUAGAAGAGAGUCAGAAGGCAAAUAAUGUGAUUGAUCGUGAUUAUCAAUUGGAAGAAGAUGAACUGCUAGCCAAAGCAGUACAAGAAAGCCUCAACUUUGAGCCUCCUCCACAAUAUACAAGCGGAAAUGCAUAUCAACCUUAUCUACCUCAAUAUCAAUUUGGUUCCAGGAUAUGUGCUGGCUGCUAUAAUGAGAUUCGCUAUGGACGUUACUUGAGCUGCCUGAAUUCAUUUUGGCAUCCAGAAUGUUUCCGUUGUCGUGCUUGCAACGUCCCGAUAUCAGACUAUGAGUUUUCUACAUCUGGGAAUUUUCCUUAUCAUAAAUCUUGCUACAAGGAGAGUUAUCACCCAAAAUGUGAUGUUUGCAAGCACUUUAUUCCAACAAAUCCUACUGGUCUUAUUGAAUAUAGGGCGCACCCUUUCUGGAUACAGAAAUACUGCCCGUCUCACGAAUAUGAUGCCACUCCUCGAUGUUGCAGUUGUGAACGAAUGGAGCCACGAGACGUUAAGUAUAUUUCACUUCAUGAUGGUCGAAAGCUUUGCCUCGAGUGUCUCGACUCUACGAUCAUGGACACAAACGAAUGUCAACCUCUGUAUUGCGAGAUACAAGCAUUUUAUGAUAGUUUGAAUAUGAAAGUAGAGCAGGAUGUUCCGUUGCUUUUGGUCGAAAGGCAAGCACUAAACGAAGCGAGAGAAGGCGAAAAACAUGGUCAUUAUCAUAUCCCCGAGACAAGAGGACUGUGUCUUUCAGAGGAACAAACCAUCAGCACUGUUCUUAGGCGGCCUAGAUAUGAAAGGGGAAAUCGAGCAACGAGCACGAUGUCAGAGCCCUACAAAUUAACACGCCAUUGUGAGGUCACUGCAAUUCUGAUCCUGUUUGGUCUUCCUAGGUUGCUUACCGGGUCGAUUUUAGCUCACGAGAUGAUGCACGCAUGGCUACGUCUUAAAGGUUUUCGAACUCUAAGUCAAGACGUCGAAGAAGGUAUCUGUCAAGUUCUAGCACACAUGUGGCUGAGUGCCGAGCUCACGUCUAGCCAAGCUUACAACAAUGUCGCGUCGACCUCGUACUCGGGUGCUGGAAAAAGAAUGUCUAAAUUUGAGAGAAAACUUGGGGAGUUGUUUAAACAUCAGAUAGAGUCAGACAUGUCCCCAGUGUAUGGAGAUGGAUUCAGGGCUGGGCAGAUGGCUGUGAACAAAUACGGUCUUCGGAGUACUCUGGAUCAUAUUCAAAUGACUGGAACCUUUCCUCAUUGAAACUGGACAUCUGUUCCCUUCCUUAAACCAUUUCGAUUCUUUUCAUUUCUUCAUUUCUUUUCUUGGCCUUCCAUAUUUACAGCUAAGGCCAAAUGAGUAAGUUAAUUAGAUUCAUUUAUUUUAAUGCUUAUAGUUUCACAUUUGUCUCUCCCUCUCUUCUACCAUUGUAUUGAUCACGCUCGCCAUACGACAAUAGUCACCGUUGUUGCUUCUGAACGACACGAGCAAUGUCAUACCAGGGUGGAGAUCCAAUUCUUCAAACCCAUUUGCGAA